AUGCUCGCCGCAGUCGCAGUACCAGUGUUACUCAGUAUUAAGGACAAAGCCACAAAAACAGAAUUAUUGCCUGGUGGCGUAACGAAAUAUACAACUAUGACUCAAACAAAUACUACAGCUAGAGUUUUAGCUGGUGUUUUUACUCUCGGGUUUACUGAAUUAAUGACUCAUUAUACGGAAAGUUAUCACUAUUUCUAUGGAAACGAAUAUUUAGGUGAGACCAAAAAUCAAGCCGCUGAUGCUGCAAACAAAAAAGCAUUAGAAUUUUGUAGUCAGGGAGAAUUCGAAGAAGCAAAAAAAUUAUUUAAUGCAGCUUAUCACACAUGUGUCAGCGGCUCUAGUGAUGAGCGAAAAUUCGAAAAUAGUAGAGAUGCAACAAAUAUUGCCGUUGAGGGGCAGAAUUUGCUCAAUAAUGGUAAAUUUUCAGAAGCACAGGCUAAAUUUCAGGAGGCCUACAACUUAUCAGAUGUCAGUGAGGUCUAUUCUAAAUUUUCAAGUUGUAAGAAUGCUGCGCAGAUUGAAGCAGAGAAACUUGCCGCUGAGAAACUCGCAGCGGAGAAACUUGCCGCUGAGAAACUUGCAGCGGAGAAAAGGGCAGCUGAGAAACUUGCAGCGCAGAAAAGGGCAGCUGAGAAACUUGCCGCUGAGAAAAGGGCAGCUGAGAAACUUGCCGCUGAGAAACUUGCAGCGGAGAAACUGGCAGCUGAGAAACUUGCCGCUGAGAAACUUGCAGCGGAGAAAAGGGCAGCAGAGAAACUUGCAGCUGAGAAAAGGGCAGCUGAGAAACUUGCAGCUGAGAAAAUGGCAGCUGAGAAACUUGCCGCUGAGAAACUUGCAGCUGAGAAGCUGGCAGCUGAGCUCGUUGGAGG